AUGCCCCCCUACGAGAAAGGGGGCAGCACCACCACUCGUCAGCCUGCGAUGCCUUCGCUCAGCGCAAAGGCAAUCGGCCGAGCUCCUCUGACCCCGAAAGUCGCUGCGAAACCUUCUCCCCCGGUCGUCACCCCCAUGGGUCGUCGCCGCAACGACAACACAAGUAGUAACAACACAAAUUACCCCACACAACCGCACAUAAAUGGCGGAGGUGCGAGGGACGAUCUCACGAGUCCUGCACCCUUCCUGGCUGCGAAUAACAUCACUCCUCGCACUGGGAGUCGCCAGAGCCGUGUCAGCAGUACCAACACAACCCCGAAUGGCACUCCGGAUCCGGACAGGAACGAAUGGGAUCGCCAGCCGACACUUGAGCCCCCGAGGCGGCAGGUCGUCACCUUCAGCCCGCCUUCGAGCGUCAGUAGCAGGAACGACGCGAACGAUUCCAAGUUCUUCUACGCCAGCGAGGCAAAACCGUCGCAAGCUUCCCAGCCGAAAGCUCAGCCUCUCAAAGCCCAGCCCAGACCUCUAGCUCCCCAGCAGCGAAAUUCGACUUUCAUGUAUGCCAAUGGCGGUGCUGUCGAUAAGAACAGGCCUACAUCACCCGGCAUUGGUUUCACGCCCGUCCUGGCGCCGUCGCUUGCACCGUCCCUCUCUCCGCAACUCGCGCCGGCGCCGGAGCCGCCAUCGAGCAAAUUCUUCUACGCCAAUGGAGCUCCCAAUCUACAGCCUGGCUUCCGGCCCUCGUCUGCAGCAUCGAUGACGGGUUCAGUCACUUCGGCAUCGAGCAAGCUGCAUAGGACAUCAGCAGGCUCGGCGAAUGGCUUCCCUAUGGCCCAGCGACCGCUGUCGCCCAACAAGCCAGCUCAACUUCCGACGUCCGCGCCGUUAGUCAAGAGCAAUAGCAUGCCGCCUCACACCGUUGGCCGGGCCCAGAUGACUAGUCCUCCGCCGUCACAUAAGCGUAGGACGAGUACCGAUACGCUCUCGCAGGUGGCAAGUCAUGUUGGAUCAGAGGCUCCAGCAACAGAUGUCAUGAUCAUGUCGAGGUUCAUGGCCUCCCAAACAUCGACACCCUCCGAGCUGCCGUCGCCAACGGUACCGAGUUUCUUUGCGCAACAACCAAUCACGAUUGCAUCGAUAAUACAAGCAGCAGACGAUCUGGAAGAAGAGGACGAGGAGCACUCGGCUGAUGAGGAUAAUGACCCAGAGGAUCUACACAGCCCGACCAAGUCAUCCCAUGGAGAUCCGCUGAACGACAUGGUCCUGAACGCGAGAAGAGAGCGCAAGGUUCAGGAUCUGGAAAUUACCAACGCAUCUCUCGAGGCAAUCAACAGGUCGCUGGAGAAGCAAUUACGCAAGCAGACUGCAGAACUCAGGAGGUACAAGAGGCUGUCAAGGUCUGGGCGUCUAUCUGUCCCUCCUUCGGCCGGGUCGAGCCGGAUGACUUCCGCCGAAUCUACCCCUGCAGGCCUGGGCAUCGAAGGACUGGACUUAUCGGAUCUCAGCGAGGAGGAGGCGGAGGGAGAGAUGGAUGAUUCCAUGUUUGAAUCAUCAGAGCUUUCCGAAACGGAUUCCAUGUCGAUAUCAAGUCCCAAGGAAGAUCCGGAACGAGACGAACGCCGCCGGACUCGGGAUGAGAAGCGCCUCCGAUUGGAUCUCUCCAAGCAUAGAGAACUGCUUGUCGACAGCCAAAAGAUCAACGUGAGCAUCAAGAGAUGCUUGAAUUGGACGGAGGAGCUUAUCAAGGAGGGCAAGAAGGCCCUCGAGUACAGCGUUCGCCCUAGCGACGUGGAGCUGCCCCCGCGGGUGCUCCGCCCGGCAUAUCUUGAAGAGAACGAAGAUGGAGAGAAGGGGCAGAAGGAUGAGUUCACAACCUCCUUACCGAGCAGCCCGUUAAAUUCACCGAGGAGUCUGUCGCCCCACUGGAGUAACCCGCAGGACCGCGAUAGCGGCAUCGAGCUCCCUGCAGACGAAAAGAGGUACAACAUAACAUAA